AUGGUCUCCCAAAGAUUGUUCGACGCUCUACCCCCCUUUCCAAAAGAUGUUUCCACCGCAGACGUACCCAAGUUCUCCCUUUCAAGACUAUUCUCUGGCGAUUCUGUAUACGCCCAUGAAGUAUUCGAAACAUGCCGCACAACAGGAUUCUUCCUUCUCGAAAUGGGCGGUGAAGAGAUCGGCGACAACAUGAUAAGUGAAGUUGAUGCGAUGUUCGAUAUGAGCAACAACGUUUUCGACCUUGAGAUUGAGGAGAAAACUAGAUAUGCACAGGAUGCUUCCAAAGGGAAAUUCACCGGGUGGAAGGAUAUUGGCAUAAUGAAGACGGACACCGGCGCACCCGACCGCUGCGAGUUCUACGCACUUGCCCAGGACGACAUCAUCGGCAACAUGUCUAGUCUCCCGCAUCCUGACGCCAUCGAAUCCCACCGCUCGACCAUCGAAUGUUUCCUACGCCAUGCCCAUAGCAUCCUCACCCAAAUCCUGUCCAUUCUCGACGCAGGGUUAGGACUACAGCGUGGGACUCUGGCAUCCUUAGUAAGUCAAGAGCGCAGCUCCGGUACCUUGGUGCGCAUGAUCCGCUACCCCCCUCAACCUCUCUCAAACCGCCGCACCUCGCUACUCCGGCAUACAGACUUGGGCGCCAUCACCUUCCUCUGCAGCAUAGUGGGCGGGCUACAAAUCUUGACGCCAGGCAGUGACCCCACGGACGAAGCCGCCUGGCGAUACAUUCGGCCGGCACCCAAUUGCGCCAUCAUCAAUAUUGGCGAUGCGCUUGUUGAGUGGUCCGGUGGGAUCCUGCGGAGCAAUAUGCACCGAGUUACCUACGCCCCAGGUGCGCAGGCUGAUUCCCCAAGGCACAGUAUUGCGUACCUUGUCAGGGGCAACAAGAGCGUUAGUAUGAAGCGAUUGCAGAGUGAAAGAAUUCCGAGCGCGGCAGAGGAUGGGGAGGUGGAGAUGGAUGUGUCGUGUGAGGAAUGGGAAUUGAAUAAAAACAAGGCGCUCACAGCAGGUGCGGAUUGUGCUAGGAGCAGAGGCGGAAGAGACCUUGUGCCUGCGGUGAAGUGUUCCUGA